AUGGCCGAGGGGGAGAGACAGAAGGGGAAGGAUGGAGGGGGAGGAACAGAGGGGGGAGGGCAGAGAGUGGGAGACGAAGGACCUCCCUUUCUCCCACCAGCUCUGUUUACCUUUGCCUCACCUGCUUCCCCCCUCCCUCCUCCCUGCUUCCCCCCUCCCUCCUCCCUGCUUCCCCCCUCCCUCCUCCCUGCUUCCCCCCUCCCUCCUCCCUGCUUCCCCCCUCCCUCCUCCCUGCUUCCCCCCUCCCUCCUCCCUGCUUCCCACCUCCCUCCUCCCUGCUUCCCCCCUCCCUCCUCCCUGCUUUCCCCCCCCCCUCCCUCCUCCCCCCUCCCUCCUCCCUGCUUCCCCCCUCCCUCCUCCCUGCUUCCCCCCUCCCUCCUCCCUGCUUCCCCCCUCCCUCCUCCCUGCUUCCCCCCUCCCUCCUCCCUGCUUCCCCCCUCCCUCCUCCCUGCUUCCCCCCUCCCUCCUCCCUGCUUCCCCCCUCCCUCCUCCCUGCUUCCCCCUCCCUCCUCCCUGCUUCCCCCCCCCUCCUCCCUGCUUCCCCCCCCUCCCUGCUUCCCCCCUCCCCCUCCCUGCUCCCCCUCCCCCCCCUCCCUGCUUCCCCCCUUCCCCCCUCCCUCCGCCCUGCUUCCCCCCUCCCUCCUCCCUGCUUCCCCCUCCCUCCUCCCUGCUUCCCCCCUCCCUCCGCCCUGCUUCCCCCCUCCCUCCUCCCUGCUUCCCCCCUCCCUCCUCCUUGCUUCUCCUCUCCCUCCUCCCUGCUUCCCCCCUCCCUCCUCCCUGCUUCCCCCCUCCCACCGCCCUGCUUUUCCCCCUCCCUAUGCCCUGCUUCCCCCUCCCUAUGCCCUGUUUCCCCCCUCCCUCCGCCCUGCUUCCCCCCUCCCUUCGCCCUGCUUUCCCCCUCCCUCUGCCCUGCUUCCCCCCACCUCCGCCCUGCAUACCCCCACCCUCAUAGAGGUGCGCGUCACGCACCCACCUCCCAUCACGAGUCAGAGGUUGAAGGACAAUGGGGAGAGGGGGAAGGACAGAGGGGGAGACAGAACAGUUUGGGCUGACGCAGUGGGUUAA